UAAUUAUUGUAGGUAACUUCAACAAUAAACAUGUCAAGUGGUCACAAAGAUCAAGAAUUUGGUGAAGAUGAUGGUACAAAGUUCUUCAAGCAGUACCGAAAAACAACUACUAAAAUCACAGAAGUGGUUGCUGAUCUUGUUAGACUUGGGCUUGAUGGUGAUGAAAAUGGACAUGAAAUAAUUGAGCAGGGGUUAAAAGAAAUGACUGGUAGGAAUGAUGUCAAGCUCGGUAAGGCUUCCAAGGCUGCGUUUAAACAACAUAAAGAUGCAGAGCGAGAAGGGGAAAUAGAGUUUCUUGCAAGAUAUCUGGAAUCACAAGCUGGAAUAAUUGAUCAUGAUAGUGAUCCCUUUGGAAAUGGUGAUCAAUCUCCGUUGAAAGGAUUUGAAGCUAUGAAGCUGAGAACACAAUGGUCCACAGGUUUUGACUACAAUCCUGAAACCAAUAGAAGGCUGUCAGAUUGGUGCAAGGCUUGCUUUUAUGGCAAUGAAGAAAAAGUAAGAAAAUACAUCAAUGGAAUUGUCAGUGAAGAUGACAAAUUUAAGCUGCUAGAGAGACGAGAGAGUAUGAUUAGAUUCUGUGGAAUUCUGCAUGUUAUCUGUGGGGCUAGAAUAUCUCCCUCCAAAAGCCACAUUACUGUGGCUAAGCUGCUUAUUGAGGCUGGUUGUAAACUGGAUGUUAAGGACGUUGCUGGAUACACUGCUCUGCAUCAUUGCUUGACACAGAUUGGGAACUCUACCACUUUGAGUAUUGCCCAUCUUCUUGUUGAAAAUGGAGCAAAUGUUAAUGCUGUUAACAGAUUUGGUUGCACUCCACUCUUUGAACCCAUAAUGAAUUUCAAUUAUGAAUUUGUUGAGUUCUUGGUUACUAAAGGUGCUAAUCCUGCAUUAAAAGACAAUGACGGAAUCUCAUGUCAGGCCAUGGGAGGUCGUAUUCCUAGAAUAGCAUCUCUUUUCUCGAAAGGUUACAGAGCCAUGGCAAAAUCUGAACGAGCUCAAAGUUCUAAAGAUGGUGGUGAUGAUAAAGAAGAUGCUGUUUGUACUUAUUGUAAUGGAUCUGGUAAGCUGAGCAAAUGUGCAGGCUGUUUGUCAGUGAGGUAUUGUAGCAGGGCUUGUCAAACACAUGACUGGAAGACACACAAGCCCACAUGCAAGGAGCAUCAGGCUGCUACAAAGGCUGAGGGUGAUAUAGUGUAUGUUAAACCCGUGACCAAUCCGUAUGGAAAAGAAUUUAUUACAUACAAUGAGAAAACAAAAAAGGUUGAUAAAAGCAGUCGUGGAAACAACCAAAAGCCGCAAGCUGAAAAAUCUAUGAAAGUUAAGAUUCAGGUAUCCCUUGGUGCUGAAGGAGCCGAAGAUGGGCCAAUGCUUGUAUACAACAAAGACCGCUCCUACAAAUGCUACAUAGUUGAGAGUGAUGCUAAUUACAAAGCGGUUCACAAGAAAGUGAUACAGAAAGGUUACGGAGGAGUUAAAGCUUACUUUGCUGCAACUGAAAAGAAGAGUGGCGACCUCCAGGUCAACCUGUCUACCACAUACGCUGAAACAUUUUAAUACUUCCAUUUUUAAACUCAGUUGACUCGUUCAACAUAUUGUUAUACUAUUAUAUAAAGAUAUAAGUAAGGGAUAUUUGGAACAAAGUUUCUUCCUUAUUAAUUGCUAUUGGUUUAUCAAGGCAAUGUUUUUAGAUUUUUGUUGUAUUCUCAAAUUUGUUCAAUGUUGUUUGCCUUAAUUGAAUUUCAUUUCUGAUUGCACGGAAAAGUCACAUUUUUAAUCAAUCAUAUUUUUUCAAAUGUUUUUAACGAAUUUUCUAUUUUGUAUCUCUGGGCUGUUACUGUUUUUAUCAGAAUUAUAUAUUUGAUUAACUUAUCAUAUCGAAUUUACCCUACAUUUUUAAAUUAACAUCAUACUGG